AUGAUCCCAACACCUGGCAUUUGCUACAUGUUUUCCCAUUUGUAUUCCACGAACCAAACAACAAAUAUCCAGCCUUUCCAUUUCAUUACAGGUGAAACAUCAACUCACAGCUCCUCUCAGGUUUCCAGGACACAGACCACGUUGCUUGCUACUCUAGCCCAUGUCCACACACCAGAGAGCGAGCUCACCGAGCUGGUGACAGCCAAGCAUCUCUCUCAGCUCCCAGUGCUCCCAGGCACUGCCCAUCUGCCUGUGAUUUCAUCCCCAGCUCGUCACAAGCACCCAGGCCUCGCGGCACCUUCUCCCCCGACACCGGGGCCGUGCCCGCCGCUCGCCACCGUCCCCCACCCGCCCAGCCCGUCGGUAACACGGGCCCGGCCCGACACUCCCCAGGGCCCGGCCAAUGCACGUGCGCGAGCCCGCCGGCCGCCCCCCGGCCCGGCUCCGGCCGCAGCCACCGGCACACGCCGGACACCUCCGGCGCCUUCCUCGGUGCCACCCACGCGAGGCCGAGCCCGCCGGCUCCCCAGCCGCAGCGCCGUGCGGGGCCUGGGCCGUGUCAGCGCGGCCCCGGCCCUCUCUUCUCCCGCGGCGGGAGGAAGGCGGCGGCCGGGCCUCGCGGCGCCCGCUCGCUCCCCGGGGGCGCACCCACCGCACGCGAUGUUCGCUGCCCCCCCCCCCCCCGGCGCCGCAGCCCCGGCCCUAGCCCCGGCCCGCCUGCUAAGCCCCUUCCCCCGCUCUGCCCCGGCCGCUCUCUCUACCUGUGCGCCCCGCGUCCCCCGGCGCCCGGCGGCGCUGCGGGGCUCAGCGCGGGCGCGGGCGGUGCUGGCUCGCGCUCAGGUGCGCGCCGCCCCGCGCUGGCCGCCGCCGGCCGCCGCCGCCGCCCGGUCGCGCACUCGGAGCGCCGCCAGCAGCGCGGACAUGUUGGAGCCGCCGUCCCCCCCCGCCCGCGUCACCGCGCUCGGGAGAGCCGGGCGGGGCCAGGCUCACCCCGCCCGCCCCGGCCCGCCGACCAUUGGCCGCCGGCCCCGUCGGCACAGCCCUUCCUCGCUGUCAUUGGUAGAUGCGUUCGCCGCUCACACGCAGGCCCCGCCGAAAAGCUUUUCUCUGAUUGGGUCUCCCUCGUCUGCUUUGGUAACUAUUGGCUGCAGCGCUCGUCAGUCAAGACGACAGCGCACGCACUCCGUCUUUCUCCGCACUUUUUUUUUUUCGGCCUCGCAGCCUCGGGCAGGACUGACGGAAGCGGCUGUGAGCGAGCGCCCUCGCCCCUCCCAGCCUCCCUCCCGCCGCCACAUCCCCUCCCUCCCGGCGGCACGCUUUGCCUGCAGGCCAUUGGCUCCGAGCGCCGCCACUCCCGCAGCCUCUCUCGCCCCGGCCGCCGCUUCGCCAAGGGGGCGUGAACCGACCCGCGGGUGCCUUCUCCUGAUUGGCCGCCGCCCCUGCCAAUCAAGCGCGGCCGGCGGGGCAGCCGAGCGCGGUCCGGCCCGCGCGCCGAGCCGCUCCGCACGGCGAUUGGUCGCGGGGCGGGCGAGAGGCGCGCGACCUCCCCCGUGCCCCACGGGGGGCAGUGGGGAGUACCCGUAUGUGCGCGCGAUUACGUCACCGCCAGCCAAUCAGGGCGCGCGGGGGCAGGUGUCCCGCCCGAGGGGGCGGGGCCUAGCACCCCCGGCGGGACCCGCAGCGUCUCGCACGGCGCCGCUCGGGGACGGCGGGGCUGCUGCUGUUACGGCACCAAAGAGCGAGACUGGAGGUUUCUCGGUCCUCUGCGUUCCCAUCUGCCCGCGGGCCUCGAGCGCCGUGUCCCGGCUCAGGGGACGGAGGGUCCGCGGCCCCGCUCGGGUGCCUGAGUGA